GCUCAUCCCUGCAAUUGUCACUGUCAUCUGCGUAACAAAAAGAGCAAGAAGAACUUGUCAAGUGAACGGAGAAAAAGCGAAAAAAGCGUAGCAAAAAUAUCGGAAUAUUCUCGAGCCGCGAAUAUUUAGCAAACUCGUCAUUACUGCGAGAAUAAUUCUAUGUGGUUUCGUGCUGUUUACCGCUAAAUACAUCUGUGAAAUACGAACUAGCUUUCUCUUGCUCAACGCACGUACGAUUCAUCAUCAACGUUGCCGGAUACAUUCACACUAGGGAGCGCCCACCGUGAAAUGUGUUUUUGCUGUCGUCUGUCGAGCUGAUCGAUACUGUUCCCUUGCGGUUGAGCGUCUCAGUUAUUUCGGGGUAAAAGUACUACCGAAUCUGUCUACAAACCUUCGUUCGAUUUGUGGUGUUUUCCUAAAGCUGCUCUGCAGUAUAGUUGACGAAUAGGUACGGUUACGGCUCGUGAAGCUGCCGAAAAAAGGUCGACGGAAAGGAACAGAAGGUUGAGGCGGGAGAAGGUCGUGUGUCGUGGCUCCAGGUGCGAAGGAGGAAAUCAGGAGAAAUCGUGUGAAUUCUUAACAACAUACAGCAAAGCUGGAGUUUUAGAAGAAACUAUUUACACAACAACUAACAACAAUGAUAAAUUUAAAAGUGAAAACUCUAGACUCACAGAAUCAUGACUUCACGGUUGAUGAGGAGAUCUCCGUGCGUCAGUUUAAGGAACAGAUUGCGGAAAAGAUCAGCGUUUCGGUUGAUUUGCAAAGGCUCAUCUACUGUGGCCGGGUACUGUCUGAUGAUAUUCCACUGAAGAAUUACGAUCUGAAUGGUAAGGUGGUCCAUCUGGUGCAGCGUGCUCCUCCAUCAGCACGCGGCACCAGUCUGAGCAGCACCGAAGCGGGUGGUCGCGAUGAAGCAGCACGUGCAUCCCGACGGUCACGAAGCAGCGACAACGCUACAAGAACCAUCUUUCCCAGUCUGGAUGAGCUAAACACUAUGUAUUUCGGUUCGAUGACGUCAAUUCCGUUAAACAUGACUGCGACCAACGUCACUCAGAUUCCGUCGGUUGGUUCAUCUUCAACGCUGUGCAACAAUCGCAUUACCGUCGCCCGGCACAUGCUGGACUGUGCGGACAGUAUACUGAGCUAUCUGGAGAAUCCUGCCCGCGGUCUCAACUACAGCGCGAUGGACUAUCUCUCGCAACAGACAAUGGAAUCGACCGUGUUCGAGGUGGGCAUAUCGGCCGUCGGUGACGUGGACAUUCCGCACAACCAGGUGCAGAGCUUUGUGAACGCGUUUCAGGGCGCUGUAAGCGCGGCAUUACGCCAGAACGGUAUGUCUAAUGUGACGGUACAGCAGCCUGACGGGAUGAACGGUUCGGUGCAAGUGUUUGGAACUGUGCCCGACUUUGCCGUCUUAACGCCCCCGAACACAAGCGCUACUGCUACGCCAGCACACGAAGGGUCGGGAGCGUCAUCCACAACCAAUAGCGGCAGUAGCAGCAGUAGUAGCAGCAGCAGCAGUAGCAGUAGCAGCAGCAGCAGCACGAGUAGUAACGGCGGAAGUUCCAGCAGUCCGAGCGCAUCGUCCAGCUCGUCGGAAACGAGUGCCGAAAGCCGACGCCAGGUACGGUCCGGGCCGUUAAACACACAAACAACGAGCACACAGACGCUCGGCGAGGUGGUACAACAGAUGCGUUCGGUGCAACGGCGCAUGGAACCGUUCCUUCAGCAGUACUACGACAUCCUUCAAGACGAUCCAUCCUUCGAGGAAUCGGAUACAGCUGGACGCGAAAAUGCACAACGUGUGUUCGAUCGAGUAUCGGAAGCGAUGCAUUAUAUUUCACACGCCCAGCACGCCAUCAGUGACCUCAUGCUGGAUCUACAAAUGGCAACGCCCCGUCAUCUAUGCUGCCGGCCAAUUCUGGUCGAGCAGAAUGCUUAUGUCAGUUCCGGACUGACCGCAAUGCCGCACAACAUCAAUCUGGCAAACAUGCUGCGCAAUCACAUAAACGUAACCAAUAACAAUAAUAACAACAACCCGGAAGUGGGCAACAACAAUAUCCAUGCGCAGCUGAUCAAUUUGGGUAUCACGGCUCAGCCGGCCUUUUUCACCGGUGCUCCGGCGGCUCCUGGCAAUGGUGGUGCCGGUGGUGGGACUGGUGGGACCGGCACGAUGCGUCCACCGACCGCUCCACCAGCAACGGGAGGAACGACAAACCAACCGCCGUCUACUAAUCAGACGACAGGAACAUCGGCCACGACCACAACGACCGGUUCCUCCACGACUCAGUCACGACCACCGAACCUAGGUCAGUCUCAAAACAGACCACCUACGGUAGCUGGUGUGGGUGGUGGUGGUGGGAGAGGUUGGCGAAACAAUCGGGUUAUCGUGAGGCGGGACACGAUCCGUUUAAGGGAUGCACGGCCAGCCUCGGCUGACGGCCGUUUACAGCCCCCAUCUGCAGCUGUUCCAACCCGCAAUCGUCGAAUGGUCACCUUUACUAACUUGAAUGCAAACAAUAAUAAUAGAGCAGCAGGCGGAAACAAUACGCCAGGAACUGGAACACCGAACAACGCUAAUCAGAACGCCAUCCAGAUGGCACGUUUCCUGCAUGCAGUCGUAAACGCCGCACCCAUUCACACGGAUAUUCACGUGCAGAUCAAUACUGGUGGCGGUGGUGGUAAUGAUAACACUACUGGCAGUGCGCCAUCUGCAGCUGGUGGCAAUCGUACGGCUACAACUGCUACCAGUACGACAGCCCAAACCGGAAAUAAUACAACCAAUACGGCCACUACCACCAACACCACCGCCAGUACCAAUGGCAAUGGUAGAGCUGGUGCUGGCGGUGAAAAUGUCAUGCAUGGAUAUCCACGUUUUGCCACCGUUACGCUGCCGACGACGUCUACCCAGACGCGCUCUACCUCCCGUCCGCACGUGCACAGUAUUCCGCCGUCACAUCUCGGUGGAACUGGACAAAUUCGCAAUCUACGGCCCAUGGCGGCAAGCAUUUUGAACACCUUUGAUCGAUUUUUACCCUGUAACAGUCAUCAUAUCCGUGAUAAUAGCGGAUCAAAUGGCGAUCGAUCGAGUGAAAGUACACCGAAUCGUGCUGGGUCCGGUGAAACGGCAAAUACACCUAAUGCGCCGGGACCUGGUACCGUACCCGGUACGGAUACUGCUCCGAUGCAGGAUGAAGGACGUGCGGCAGCUACCACGGCUAGGAUUAACAUGUUUGGUACACAAUUUACACUGACCGAGCUACAGAACGGAGUGCCACACCCAAACACACUGAAUCGCGUACGAGACUCGCUGCGAACGUAUGUCAAUCGAACGCUGUUUGCUGAUCGUACUGUAGACGAGCAAGCCGUGCGUGAAGUGGGCGAUAGUAUCAUCGAACGCGUGAUGCCACUGCUGGCACCGCUAGCUGAGCACGAUCGUCCACAGUUUGAUACACGCGCUUCUUUGGUCAAUCUGAUUCGCAAUUUCUUCCCAACAUUCGUCAAUCUGAUACGCGAGGACAGCUCGCCACAGUUUGGCGUGCGGAUGAUGCGCUCUUUGCUCAUGUUCAUGCGCCGCUCGUUGAUGAUAUUGGUCCAAGGGGUGGGUCGAUUCUUUGCGCAAACGUUUGUGUUGAAUUUGGUGGAAAGCGCACUGCGACAACAGAAUGUACCACAGCUGGAGCAAAUUAUGCAACUGAUGGAACCGAUUGUCAAUUUCAACUUUACGUCGGCGACCCGAAACGAUAUGUUUGACACUCAACAAUUUCUAGUCAUCCGACAACCGGCCCCACCAACGGCAGGCACAUCUUCGGCGGACAACACGGGGACGGAAAGCCGCUCAUCCAGCAUGUCUUCCAGUACUGGUACCGGCCAGCGGGAAGCUAGUCCCAUGGACGUGGAUGACGUGGAAAGCAUGUCUACGCCGGAACUCGUGUCGGAUAUUGCAGAAAUAUCGAUCUCAAUCGAGCCACCCGCCAUGAGUGUCGAUCAGUGCCCGGUGGAAAUGGCUAGUUCCUCAUCACAAUCCGAAACUAUUGCUCCAGGUAAUAGGGAACCGGUUACUAGCAAAUCAGAAACACAGGAAGCAGUUAGUUCGUUGUCGGGAAGCAUUUUGGAUUUGGCCAAUCGACCGGUUCCACCACGCCCGGCUGGUGAUGACGAAGAACUACCGACUGUCGAGUUUGAUGCCGAAUCCUGGCAUCGGCACUUCCCGUCCAACUGGUUACCGAUCAUUACCCGCGAUCUUGGCAGACAACGGCGACAAAGUCCUCAAACUCCAUUCUCCGAUGCGUACAUUUCCGGCAUGUCGUCAAAGCGACGAAAGUUGCUUACAGAAACGAAACCACCGAGCGAUGUCCAUUCGCUAAUAUCGGACGGUGUUCGACGAGCCUUUCUUGGUACUGGAAUUGCUCCUUCCAGUACGGUCAUUGGAAGCAGCGGCACUACCACCGGUACCAUCGGUAACGCCGCCACAAUUCGACGAUCAACCGCCGGACAGACAACCUCGGCAGCCACCACAUCCGGGGGAACUACAAGCGCUAGUACUAGCGUUGCCAGUGGCAGCAGCGCUACCACCAACAGAUUCCGCACCCUAGACGACCUGGCCAACAACAUUGCCAACGAUGGUGCUCUGCAGAUGUCAUACUGUGAGGCGAUGAAGGCCAGCAUACGCGACCGGUUGGCGAAGGAUACGGAUUACGAUGCCAUGCGGUUCCCCAACUGUUCCAAGUACUUCGAAAAGUAGUAACACAGCUGGAACGAGAAAUGGGCAUUGAAAAUGAAACGAUUCUGUGUUUUUUUACAUGAGUUUAUAGUUCCGUUCGUCCUCGGUUGUUGUGUAAUGAUUUCUGCGAGUGUUUUGUUAAAAAAAAAGAAUUCACAAAUAAUCCCGUGCUGUGACAAGAACCGCCGCCAAUGGUGGUCGGGGUUUUGUUUGUGUAUGUAGGCUUCAUCGUGCCCUGUUCCGUUGUAAUACACCCGGUCGCACGAUACUAAUACGAAAUUAUCCAGCUAACGCAUACGGACAGAAUAGGGGAAACGUUGUGCGACAUGUUUGUGUGUUUAGGGUUUAAGAGGGGACGAAGAGAAGACGCAGCUUUAAGCAAGUAGUGGUGAGCACUAUCGUAGCCUCAUAGCUAUCGUUCCAUUGGUUCUUACAAAAAAUGUACAGUUUGGCGAUAGGAGGAAACCGAUAAAUCACCAUGGGACAACGUGAUUUAUAUCCUCGCUAGUCGCCCCGUUUGGAAUGCAAAAUCAAAAACCAAUCAAUCAACCUCCAAAUGAGUGUUAUCAUUCAAUGGAUAACUGAAGUUAUCAUUUAAUAGCUGCGAUUCAAGUAAAGUGUUUUUUUUUUAGUUUUGAAUUCUAAUACCAUAGCUUUGUUCUUCUAUCAAAAAAUUUGCUCUCAUCGGUUGACUUUGGUUCGUUUGUUUCCACGGUAGAGUUGAGUUUUGUGUUAAUGUUUAUACCGUUCGCCUGCAAAUAGGAUUGCGCUUCCUUGAAAACGCAAAAUAAACUUCAGAAGAUAGUGAAAAAAAAGAUAAACAUACACUUUAUAACCUACUCAAUCUAAUAGGAAGUUAUAAUAAAUAAAACUAGUAUAAAAGAUAA